AUGUCGGCGGCAGACCAGGGCCACCGCGGGCCCGCCAUCUCGGUCCUCCCUCCCCACUCGAGGCCAGCCGCGUCGACUGCGCCAACUGCCACCGCCACCGCCACCGCCUCGUCUUCCUCAAACGCCGCAUCGCUCAACGGCGGAGACGGCCAUGCAAUCCUCCCUCCCCAAUCGCUCGCCGUCUCCAUCGAGGGCAAGCCCGCCCUCGUCUCCUACGACCACGAGUUCUUCUUUGUCCUCCGAGGCCACUCGCGCUCCGCCUACUCGGACCAGUCAAAGGCCUACCUCCGCGUCCCCCUCGCCCUCGUCCUACACACAUCCUUCAUCGCAGACUCCGACGGCGGUUCCCUGCUGGUCCGCCUCCUCUCGCCCCCCCUCCAGAGCUCCGCACCUUCGCCCGCCUCAGGCUUCUCGUUCUUCAAAAAGCCAAAGGCCAGCCCCGCCUGCAUGGCCUCGAUGAGCGAGGACGCCUACCACGCACUGACCCCCCAGCAGCGAUCACAGAGGCUGCAGCAGCAGCUCGAAGGGCCCUGCUCCAACCUGCGCCUCUUUCGCAUCGAGGCCCGCAUCGCACACGCCUCGCGCGACGACGACGACGUCGAGGUCAAGGCCCAACGCUGGGUCGACGACGUCAUGGCCAAGGCCUACGGCGACGUCAAACCCUUCCGCCGCCUAAAGAUCCUCGUCAACCCCGCAGGCGGGCCGGGAAAGGCAAGGCAGCUCUACGACAGCCGCGUGCGCCCCAUCUUUGAGGCGGCCCUCUGCAAGCUCGACGUCACCUUCACCCAGUACCGCCUACACGGCGUCGAGGUGGCAAGGGACCUCGACGUCGACAGCUACGACGCCAUGGCCGUCAUGAGCGGCGACGGCCUCAUCCACGAGGUGCUCAAUGGUCUCGCCAAGCGGUCCGAUGCCAAAAGGGCGCUCCGCCUGCCGCUGGCCCCCAUCCCCGCCGGCAGCGGCAACGCCUCGGCCAUCAACCUGCUGGGCGUCGAGCAAGGCUUCAGCCUGGCGCUCGCCUGCCUCAACAUCAUCAAGGGCCGCCCCAUGCCCGCCGACCUCCUCACCGUCACGCAGCCGGCUUCAGCGUUCCCUCCCGGCACCCCGAUCCCUGGCGUUCCGGCCCAGCCGUCCAAGUUCAAGCGCAGGGCGGACAUGGGCGCGGCGCCCGUGCCCUCGAGCACGACGACGACACGAGCCUCGGAGGACGCGGCGCUGAUGGCCGAUGCGCCGUCGAAGCCGUUUGUGAGGUACUACUCGUUCCUCUCGCAGUCGAUUGGCCUGAUGGCCGACAUUGACCUGGGCACCGAGAGCAUGCGGGCGCUGGGCGACACGCGCUUCCUGAUCGGGUACGCGGCCGGUGUGCUGCGCAACACCGAGUGCGAGGUCGACGUCGACGUCAAGCUGGGGCUUCGCGGGAGCAAGAGCAAGGCAGAGAUGCGCGAGCGCGUGCGCAAGUUCCAGCAGGCCGGGCGGCUGGAUGGCGCGUCGGCGUCGUCGGCGGCCGGUGCCGGCGGCGGCGGCGGCGGCAGCGUUGCGGGUGCAACCGCAGCGUCCGGAGGCUUUGGUGGUUCGCCCGACAGCGCGCAGGUCGAUGGGACAAGGCAGGAGGACGGCGACGAGGACGACAGCGCGACCGAGUGGGCGCGUGACGCGUUUGGCAACCUGCGAUUCGAGCGCGAUGCCGAGCCGCCGCUGCGCCACGGAGCAGUGACUGACGCGCUUGGGCCCGAGGGCGUGCCACCGCGGCCCUUUGACCUUCGGGAUCCCUCGUGGCCGCACAGCAUCGCCCUUGCGCCGGCGGCGGACGGGUCGCGACGAGGAGGGGGCGGAGGGGGCGGAGACGGCGACAACGACGACAACGACAACGGCGACGACGCGGGCGACGAGAUGCUGGGGUGGUACCGCAUCCGUGAGCCGCUGGCGUCGCUGUACGGGGGCAAGCUGCCGUGGGUGGGGCGGGACCUGAUGCAGUUCCCGUACGCGCUACCGGGCGACGGAGCGAUUGACGUUGCCAUGAUGAUGCACGGUGGCGGGCGGCUGUCGAAACUGCCCGAGGGCGACUCUGCCGAGAGCGGGCGGGUGAUUUACCAGCGGGCGCUGGCGUACCUCAAGGUGGAAGCGUACCGCGUCACGCCCCGGCUGCGCGAGGGCCACCGGCGGCUCAAGGGCGGGGGGAUGUGCAGCAUCGACGGGGAAAAGGUUGCGUAUGCGCCGUUCCAGGUCGAGGUGGCGCACGGCCUGACCUACUCGGUGCUGUCGCUGUACGGGCGGUACUGCGUGCCCGUCGUCGAGCCGCCGAGCGUCAAGUAG